CCUUGUGAUGAGCAGAGAAAAUCUGAUGUCUUCGAGAAUGGAGUCCCCCUCGAUCAUAACCUCCUCCUCCUCUCAAAAUAACUCUUCCCCAGAUUUGUCCUCGUUUAAUCACACCCCUAGUUACUGUGAGGAGAAUGUAUACAGACUAUGUAAAAAAUUAAUCAAGUUAGGGUUAGCAGAUGAAGAUGGAAAGGAUCUUUUUGUCGUCUUCAUUUCCAAUAAGGACAAACAGAUUCCAUUGUGGCACCAAAAGGCUAGCAAAAGAGGCGAUGGGUUGGUUCUUUGGGAUUAUCAUGUCAUUUGCAUUCAGAGGAACGGAAAAGACGAUACUCAUCAAGUGUGGGAUCUAGAUUCCAGUCUUCCUUUCCCUAGCCCUUUAGCCCACUAUGUUGCGGAAGCUAUACAACCUUCUUUUCAGCUGUACAGUGGGUUUCAAAGGUUAUUCAGGGUUGUGCAUGCUCCAAUUUUCCUUCGCUGCUUUGCAACUGACAGGAGACACAUGAAGGAUCCAACUGGAAAUUGGAUUUCUCAACCUCCUUCGCAUGAGCCCAUUGUAGCUGAAGACGGAACUGUGCACAACCUAGACGAGUAUAUUUGCAUCCCUAGCAGCUCAGAGUUUGAGGAUAAAUCAGCAGCCAUACAGAGACACAAACUAGGUGUGGUGGUCACUGAAGAAAAUUUUGAAGGCUUCUUUUCUUUGGUUUAACGUUCAGUUAAAAUGGAUUUAGUUUGACUAACUGAAUUAGAGCUGGUGCUUAACGCCUGUGGUUGAUAAUUAUUAAAACAAAAUACUGUAAGUAGUUCUAAAAAAACAACUAUGUAAACGUAUGGUGAUCAUAUAAGAAAUGUAGCUGGUGGAGCAGCAGAAUCCUCUAUAUUACCAUGCUCACCAGUCACCAAAAUCCAACUCUUGAGACAUUAUAGCCAAAGAGAGAACUAAUUCCACCUACU